UGGGAGUACUGGCCAUCACUUCAAUCAUAGCCAGGUCAAUGGCCGUACUGUUUUUGCCGUUGCCAUUAGACUUCUCAUUAAACGUGAAUCAAUAAAGGGAUAACCCUGGUGGAUUGUCUAGCCUCCUCUCCACUGAGACACUGGGGAAGGAGUUUAUAGAACUGUUGGAAUUCGGACCAUCCAAAAACUAUUCUGCCUCAAAAUGUUGUUUUCUCUAGCCCUCCUCUUCCUGCUAACCCCGUUCCCCUCCCUUCAAACUCCAGUAACCGAUGAGAAAAGAAACGCCACAGGAACAGGAAGUGAACCGAAACCCUACGUCCUACUCACCCUCUCCCUCGCAAAACCAAAAACUGCAGCCACGCUCGUGAAAGUCACCAAAGAGACCCCUAAGCCCACUCUGAAAGCCCUAAACCCAACUGCAGCCAAUCAGACACAUCCAGCCCCCUCAAGCCCCCUCAAACCUCCAACAGCCACGCUCGUGAAACUCAACAAAGAGACCCCUAAGCCCACUCUGAAAGCCCUAAACCCAACUGCAUCCAAUCAGACACAUCCAGCCCCCUCAAGCCCCCUCAAACCUCCAACAGCCACGCUCGUGAAACUCAACAAAGAGACCCCUAAGCCCACUCUGAAAGCCCUAAACCCAACUGCAGCCAAUCAGACACAUCCAGCCCCCUCAAGCACCCUCAAACCUCCAACAGACACGCUCGUCAAACUCACCAAAGAGACUGCUAAGCCCACUCCGAAAGCCCUAAACCCAACUGCAGCCAAUCAGAUUCAUCCAGCCCCCUCAACCCCCCUCAAACCUCCAACAGCCACGCUCGUCAAACUCACCAAAGAAACCCCUAAGCCCACUCCGAAAACCUUAAGCCCAGCUGCAGCGAAUCAGACACAUCCAGCCCCCUCGACCCCCUUAAGCCUCCAACAGCCACGUUUAUCAAACUCACCAAAGAGACCCAUAAGCUCACUCUGAAAACCCUAAGCCCAGCUGCAGCGAAUCAGACACAUCCAGUCCCCUCGACCCCCUCAAGCCUCCAACAACCACGUUCAUCAAACUCAACAAAGAGACCCCUAAGCCCACUGUGAAAGCCCUAAGCCCAACUGCAGCUAAUCAGACUCAUUCAGCCCCCUCGACCCCCUCAAGCCUCCAACAGCCACGCUCGUCAAACUCACCAAAGAGACUGCUAAGCCCACUCCGAAAGCCCUAAGCCCAACUAUAGCCAAUCAGAUUCAUCCAGCCCCCUCAACCCCCAUCAAACCUCCAACAGCCACACUCGUCAAACUCACCAAAGACACCCCUAAGCCCACUGUGAAAUCCCUAAGCCCAACUGCAGCUAAUCAGAUUCAUCCAGCCCCCUCAACCCCCAUCAAACCUCCAACAGCCACACUCGUCAAACUCACCAAAGAAACCCCUAAGCCCACUGUGAAAUCCCUAAGCCCAACUGCAGCUAAUCAGACUCAUUCAGCCCCCUCGACCCCCUCAAGCCUCCAACAGCCAUGCUCAUCAAACUCACCAAAGAGACCCCUAAGCCCACUGUGAAAGCCCUAAGCCCAGCUGCAACCAAUCAGACACAUCCAGCCCCCUCAACCCCCCUCAAACCUCCAACAGCCAUGCUCGUCAAACUCACCAAAGUGUCCCCUAAGCCCACUGUGAAAGCCCUAAGCCCAACCGAAGCCAAUCAGAUUCUUCCAGCCCCUUCAACCCCCCUCAAGCCUCUCACAGCCAGUGGUCCAAAGACCACAACCAAAGACAAACCUUCCAUCACACUGCCGCAUCCCAUCCCCAUCAAGGUGCUCAUCACUUCUGACUCUGGCAGCAUCAGUAAGGACACCCAGAGCGACGCUAGCAACCGCACCAAGGAGCAGACCCAGACCCAUGAGCUGAAGCUGAAGCCUGGCUUUCCUCUAACCCUGACCCACCGCAUCAGUCUGGUUCCUACCUCCUGCACCGGGGGAUGUGUGGCUGAGAUGGCAGCACUGAAAGGACGUGUUGGCAGGCUGGAGAAAGAGAUGUCCCUCAUGAAGAGUAAAUGUGCUUCCUGCUCCAAAGGCCCAUGUCCCAAUGACUGCAGUGCGAAUGGGAAAUGUGAGAAGGGAAAGUGUGUCUGCCUCCCAGGGUUCCUUGGUCUAGACUGCAGUAAAUGUACAGCUGGAGCUGACUGCAGUAAAAAAGGUACCAAAGACAAAAUCCAGAUAACGGUGGAGACGGUGGCGUUGAAGGUAUCACCUGAGAGCAGUGCUAUCACAGAGAGUCUGCAGGGGAAGAAGACCAAGGCAGACCAAAUCCUCUUCCAGAAGAAAACAGAGCAAAAGGAACCUACAGCCGCCAAAGAGGAUGGUGACAUCAAAAGCAAAACAAAAGGGACCACAAGUGUAAAAGCAGGGCUCACCAAGACACAAGCCAAACAAGGGGUUACUGUCACUAAAACCAAAACCACCCAUUCCAAUGCUACCAAGACUGGACUGGGCCGACCAACCGUCGGACAGCUUCUGUUGAAACACCAUGGAGGAAGAAAGCAAGAGAGCAAAGGCAAAACGACAGUUAUAAAGAAGCAGUCUAAACCUGACCUGAAGUUGAAAGGAACAGUAAAGGAGGAAUCUGGAGGUAAAGCCAAUGCUGAAGCUGGCAACCUCCAAGACCAGCCUCAAGCCAAUGUCACCCAAAGCACUGUGAAGACGUUUGUGAACAAAACCCGGUCAGGAAAAGAGACCCUGGAGCAGUCGACGUUGGCUGAGAAGAAUGUGACUCUAACAUCUGGAAAGAAAACAGUCAAAAAGGUGAAAUUAGUACAGGGGACUAUGAACGUUACAAAGGUGUCAUUGGCUUUUGAUAUCACUAAGGCUGGGACGGGCAAGAUCACCCUUACAAAGGACAUUAAGACAGAGGCAGACAUCUCCUCAGGCACAUCUAAAACUACUGUGAAGACAGGGUCAGGCAAAGGGAAGCCAGUCCCACGGAAGAGUCAGUAUGUUGUGAACAUGACCACUGUGGAGACCACCUCUGAAGUCAAAGUCUUCAGCAACAAGACAACAACUAUCCAGUCUUCCAAAAACACCACCAGGAAAGCAGGAACAGGAGUGGGCCGUGGACUUGGCUCUGUGAAGGUUCAGAACAUCACCACGUACGGCUUCACCCUCACAUGGUCGGCCCCAACAGCCAUGUUUAAGAACUUCACUGUGUCCAGAAGAGAGCACAGGGCAGAGGGUGAGGAAGAGGAGGAGGAAGAGGCGGAGGAGGGAGCUGCUCUCAGGGAAGAGGACAGAGUAGCCGGAGUCGUAGACUCCACCAUUGAGAUCCGAAAACAGAGCCCUAAUGGAGCCGUGGCUUUCCCCACUAAAGCUCCCAGUAGCUCCAGAGGUAAAGCUCACACAAAGAGGGUGUCCGUUGUUCUCCCAGACAGCGUUCGCUCUGUGGAGUUCAGUAACCUGCGACCUCAGACCCGAUACUCCCUGCACAUAUGGGGCACUACUCCCGGAUCCCGCUCCAAGAUUCACAGAGUAACCACCAUGACAGGGCCUGAGCCACCCACCGAGCUGGUGUUUAGUAACGUGACAGAAGCCUCUCUUUCUGUGUCCUGGUCCAAACCAAAGAACAAAAUCUCCGGCUUCAAAAUCACGUACUCUCACUCAGUCACGGGAGAGAGUGGUUCUGUGUCUGUGGAUUCCCUGCAGUCCCAGGUGUCUCUGUCCAAGCUGUCCUCGGGGGCCACGUACGAGGUCAGUGUGAUGUCCACCAUGGGGAAGAGAGAGAGUGAUCCCCUCAUUGCCAUCAUGACCACAGUACCUGCCCCUCCAACUGUUCUCCAAGCAACUAACGUAACAGAUACCAAGGCAGUGCUGCAAUGGACCCCCGCCAUGGGCCAAGUAGACCGCUUCAUCAUCAGUUAUGAGUCUGCAAAAACUCCCAAUGUAACAGUGACAGUGAUGGUGUCUGGUAACUCAGUAGAGCAGCAGCUGAGAGGGCUGCAGAGAGACACCCUGUACACAGUCAAAGCCCUGAGUCAGAAAGACAGUCUGCAGAGCACAGCCAUCACUACCACCUUCACAACUACCAGUGCUGUAAAGGCCGGUGAGGUGGGCGCUCGUUCUGCUGUUGUAUCAUGGAAAUCCCCCAGUGUUGCGUUCAGCAGAUACAGAGUGACCUAUCAGACGGCAGGAGAGGAGGUCAAGGAGGUGAUUCUGGACUCCACGGUGACGGAGUACAAGCUGACUGGACUGUUCUCUAUGUCUAAGUACACGGUGCUGGUACAGGGAGAGAGAGAGGGGCAGUACACAUCUAUUGUCACCACUGAGUUUAUCACAGGAAAACUGCGCUUCCCAUUCCCCACGGAGUGUUCCCAGGAGCUGCUGAAUGGAGCGCUCCAGUCAGGAGAGGUGGAUCUUUACCCAGAGGGCAAGGAAGGGAAGGCAGUCAGAGUCUACUGUGACAUGGAGACUGAGGGAGGAGGCUGGACGGUGUUCCAGAGGAGAAUGAACGGGAAGACAGAUUUCUUCAGAACCUGGAGUGACUACACUAAUGGCUUUGGAAACCUCAGCGAGGAGUUCUGGCUCGGUAAUGAGCUGCUUCACAACCUGACCAGCAUGGGCCCAGUGAGCCUGAGAGUGGACCUGCGUUCAGGCAACGAUACGGCCUACGCCCAUUACUCCAGCUUCACCAUCGACUCAGUGGACAAACACUACGCCAUUGAGGUGUCUGGAUACACCGGCACUGCAGGUGACUCCAUGAGGUACCACAACGGGCGCCCAUUCUCCACCAGAGACAAGGAACCCCUCCCCCUGGGCAUCCACUGUGCCAGGGCCUACAUGGGAGGCUGGUGGUACAAAAACUGCUACAAGACCAACCUCAACGGCCUCUAUGGCACCAACAGCAACAACCAGGGUGUGGUGUGGAUAGACUGGAAGGGCAAAGACUCCUCCAUUCCCUUUACUGAGAUGAAGUUCCGACCGGCCGGGAUCUCCGUCACAACCCACGGAUAAGACUGUCCUCUGACUCGUCCACCCCUAAACCCUUUCUUUGAGAAACAGGAAAGUGGAGCACCAAGAGACCAUAAACGUGUGGAUGUCGCACUUCCUGCAUCUCAAAUUCCGCCUCAACUUGCAUGUCCAGUGGUCUUAACAGCCGUCACGACAGACAGCGUAUCAGUCUGUACUUGUACUGUACAGUGCAGUGCACCAGGCUCCUGUUCUGUGCCUUUAUCAUGCUGUCUCUCUCAGCUGUAUCUGUAGAAAUAUUUGUGAUUGCAGCAUUUUGUAUAAUAUUGUUUGAUGACCCAACUCUUACCGUCUCCAACUCAAUGACUGUUCUACUGCUCUGACCCCAAAGCAUCUCUACCUGAUGCACAUCACAAGGUUACCACCCCACUACUACUGUAAUAAAACAUGCACUGUCUCAAUCUAUUGCAAUAAAUGAGGCACAUGAAUGCCUGGAUGGAGA